UUAGUUGUGGAGGAGUCAAAAUCUAACAAAUUGAGAAAAGGGUUCUGCAGAUAAAGUCAAAAAACGUCCAGAAAUAAAUGAAAAUCAUUUGGACUAUUAUUAUGGAACAGCAGUGAAUUUAGAAAGGAAGGAUCUACAUUGAAUGUUGAAGACAGUGAUGUGAAAAACAUGCAGACAACCUAUAUAAGUAUGUAUGUACUUAUCUCUUGCUUUUAAGUCGAUGAAAAUCAUACAGAAAAGCCAAAGUGAUGGAGUUGGAGAAGGGCUCAGAAGAGAUGAUCAGAUCAUCAGCUCAAGCUGAUGGUGAUGAUAAGAUGAGGAAGAAGAAGAGCAAGAAGAUGAAGAGGAGGAAGAAUUUGAUAUUAGGGUGUUUUAGAAGAAGGAAAAGAGAUGAUUAUGGUGAUUCAACUAUAGAGGAGGCUGAUGCUAAUGGAAACUUGGAUAUGGAAUCUGCUUCUAAUAUUGGAAAGGCUAGCCCGAGUCAUUUAGUUGUUACUGUUAAUGGUAUCAUUGGCAGUGCUCAAAAUUGGAGAUAUGCUGCAAAGCAAUUUCUGAAGAGGUACCCCCACGAUGUUGUUGUUCAUUGCAGUGAAUCUAAUCAUUCAAUGUUGACAUUUGAUGGUGUUGAUGUGAUGGGAAGUAGAUUAGCAGAUGAGGUGCUAUCUGUUAUAAAACGUCAUCCUGGUCUUCAGAAAAUAUCUUUUAUAAGUCACUCACUUGGUGGCCUAGUAUCAAGAUAUGCUAUAGCUAAGCUUUAUACAGAAGACUCACCUGAGGAAAAAUGUGAAGUUAAAGGAGAAUCUCCGUACAGGGAAGAGGCCAGAGGAACAAUUGCUGGACUGGAGCCCGUAAACUUCAUAACCUCCGCAACUCCACACCUGGGCUGUAGAGGACAUAGACAGAUACCAAUGUUCUGUGGAAUUCUGGCCAUUGAGAAAGCAGCAACAAAUGUAUCUUGGCUCCUUGGAAGAACCGGGAAACACCUGUUUCUGACUGAUAAAGAUGAUGGGAAACCUCCCCUCCUGCUUCAGAUGGUGAAUGACUGUGAAGAUCUUAAAUUCAUAUCAGCUUUGCAGUCCUUCAAGCGGCGGGUGGCCUAUGCAAACGCACGUUUUGACCAUAUUGUAGGAUGGAGUACUUCAUCUCUGAGGCGUCGAAAUGAACUUCCAAAGAAGCAGAAACUUCCAAGAAAUACUCGAUAUCCUCAUGUUAUAAAUGAGGAGCCAGCUAGAACUGACCAUUUUUGCAAGGCCGAACACAAUGAUGACUUGACUGAUGACAUUGAAGAUUUAUGAAAAACCUUGUUGGUGAAUAGUUUGUCAGCUUCGCCUCACCUUACAAAUUGACCGGACAAUGUUUUAGGAAGACAUUAAAAAUCAGGAAUCCAAAAUUUUCAGAACUACCUUGGAUCAGUCUAGCUUUAACACUGGAGAGCACAACUAUAACUGGAUGUUGGCCAGCAUUAUGGACUUCGUGAUUGAUAGAUUGUGCCAUUUCAUCGUAGAAUAUCACUUGUGCAGAAGUGCUGUUAAGAGAUUGAUAAAAAUUGUCAAUGGUUGAACAUGCAAUAUUUCCUACUUUGCUUUGACCUUAUGCACCAGGUGGGAAUCUUAAUUGCACUUCUAUUACAGUUAUAUUCAAAACCUAUAUUUUAUCAUGGAAAAAAGGGAGUAAAACGUUCCCCACUCCAAAUUGUGUAUUAUAGUUACCAGUUAAAUGUUUUAUAGGUUAAGAAUGUAUGUUAUUAAACUAUGAAUAAAUAAGCAUUGCAUUUUCUAGAAGUCGCUAGUUUCAAGUAUUACUUGUUUGGUCGAACUAGCAAUGUAAAUUAAUUGCCAGAAAAGACGUUGAAUCCUGGUAAGCCCUGCUUCCGUACCUGAAACAUUUUUCUCAUACUAUAUUAUGUACAAGAUCUUCCGCUGAUUGAUUACAAUAUAGAGUCAGCUUUGAGGUUAACCUCGACUGUUUAGUAUUAGAAUAUAGAGUCAGCUUUGAGGUUAACCUCAGCAGCUCUUCUUUUUUUUUUUUUUUGGCUGACAGUUACUAAAAGAGGGCGUGUUUUCCUACUUGUCAAUGCACUUUCUGAGGCACUAUAAAUAAUUAUAACCCUGAUAUUGAUGAUUUUUGAAAGUGCUAGAUAAAGUUUACUGUUAUCGAUACAGAUUUUUCUGACUAACAAUCUAACUUUUGUGUACAA